AUGGAUGGUGAUUUAUGUGGUGGUGGGUGCUUCCAUGGUGGUUCAGGAAAGAGUAGUUCUACGUGGGUAGCGAAUAAGAAUAGAUUUAGAAAUGGUUGCGUUCGUUCAUUAGGGAAAGGGAAUAACAUGAUUACAAGUAGAAUAUACACAAGGGUUGCAAGGUCUGGAAUAUUUAUUUUGUUUUUUCUAACCCUUUUUAAUCUCUUUGUACAAAAUAUGUACUACAAAAGUGAGGAGUGGGAAUCAUUUUCAAAGCUAGAAUUAGGUAACAAUGGAUGUUCAAGAAUAUUAGCUGAAAUCAAACAAGUGCAGAAAUGUGGUGAUGUAGCUGGAGUGGCGCUUAAUGACGAAGAGAGUGAUUAUGUGACAAAGUACAAGGAAGAAUAUUACAAAAGAAAGGAGGAAAGGAUGAAACAAAUGGGCCAGCGUCCAUUACCCAAUAGUAUGAACAACGGAGGUAAGGUUACUACAGUAACGAGCAAGACGCAGUGUGUCAAGCCAGAAGGGACAUUCCAGAAUAGGAGAACUCCAAAUAGGAUUGUGCAGAGGGAGAGAAAUUGGAAUGAGAAGAAUAAGAAAAAUAAAAAUGGAGAAAAUAAAAAAACGACUAUAGAGGAGUUGAAGAAAAAACAUGAAGACAUUUUGUACCAAAAAAUAAGCAAAGAAGAAAUGAAAGAAAAUUUUGAUUUCGCUGACGCCAGUAAUUAUGAAAAUAUACAAAGAAAAAAGAAUGUUGUUUAUAAUGAGGAUGAUAAUGACCAAUUGCAAUAUGGUUGUAAGAUGGCAGAUAUUAGUACGAAAAUUACAGAAAGGGAUUUAAAUUUUAAGAUGAAACAACUACCGUAUAAUGUAAAGCAAAAAGACAUGUUUAUAAUAUGGCAUUAUGUUCAGGGUUUUGGAAGAGAUAAGCAUUUAACAGUGAUGGGGAAUUUAUGGAGAAUCUGUGGAAGUAUACAGAAGGAAUAUAACAUACCGGAGGAUAUAAAAAGAAAGGAAUGGCAAAAGGUCGCUAGCUGCAUGUCACAGGAUUUACUGGAAAAGGAACACAAUGAUUAUUUAGAGUUUAAAAAAUUAGUUGAACAGGGAUCCUGCAAUAGAGGAAAGUUUUACACAUAUAUAGAUAAUUUAAGGGAUUCGUGGAAUGCCUUAACAGCUAAUAUGUUGAAUUCAUGGAAGGAGGUGUUAAUUUCAAGACUGAAAAGUUACAGGAUACAAGAAGAAGAGAAAGCAGAAGAGGAGAAAGAAGAAGAGGAGAACGCAGAAGAGGAGAACGCAGAAGAGGCGAACACAGGAGAGACGAACACAGGAGAGACGAACACAGGAGAGACGAACACAGAAGAGACGAACACAGAAGAGACGAACACAGAAGAGACGAACACAGAAGAGACGAACGCAGAAGAGCAGAACGCAGAAGAAGAGGAAGAGUAA